AACCCCCCCUUACCUUUCCAUAUCGACAAGCUCCAAAGAAAAAUGGCGCUACUGAGCGCGCUCCUCCUUCCCACCUCGCUUCACCCUUCUCCCUCCCCGAAGCCAACCACUCCUCUCCCUCCUCGUCUCUCCUCACUUCAUCCGCAACCGCAGCUUCCUCUCCCCCGCCGCCGCCGCCGCCGCCGCCUUCUUCUCAACCGGCCGGCCGAGAAGGGCCGGCUCCGGUGCACGUCCGGUGGCUCCUACGAGGUCGGGGGGGCGUACCCGGAUGAGGAGCUCGACCGGCGAGACCGAUCGGGGACGACCCAGCAAGCGAGUCAGAAGGUGGACAGCGCCCAGUACGAGGCCCUCCUCAAAGGGGGCGAGCAAGUCACCUCCGUCCUCCAAGAAAUGAUCACCCUCUUGGAAGGUAUGAAGAUGGAUGAAGCAUCUGAGAAGGUUGCUGUAGAAUUGGCUGCACAAGGAGUCAUUGGAAAAAGAGUCGAUGAGAUGGAACCAGGGUUUAUGAUGGCCUUGGACUACAUGAUCCAACUUGCUGAAAAGGACCAGGAUGAUGAGCGUAAGUCUCUAUUAGAGGUGAUCAAGGAGACUGUGCUAGCUCAUCUAACAAAGAAAUGCCCCCCACAUGUUCAAGUGAUUGGCUUGCUUUGUAGAACACCGCAGAAGGAAAGCAGACACGAACUUUUGCGCAGGGUGGCUGCUGGUGGCGGGGCGUUUAAAGGUGAAGAUGGCACCAAAGUUCAUAUUCCCGGGGCAAACCUAAAUGAUAUUGCAAAUCAGGCUGAUGAUUUGCUGGAGACAAUGGAAACUCGGGAUGUUGUUCCUGACAGAAAAUUACUUGCAAGGCUGGUGUUGAUAAGAGAAGAGGCAAGGAAUAUGAUGGGUGGAGGAAUACUGGAUGAAAGAAAUGAUCGUGGCUUUAGUACUCUCCCUGAAUCAGAGGUGAACUUCUUAACCAAGAUUGUAGCAUUGAAACCAGGAAAAACUGUACAGGAGAUGAUAAAGAAUGUAAUGGAAGGAAAAGAUGAUGGUGCAGAUAAUAGUCUAGAAGAAAAUAGCAGUGAAAAACCUUCAGGUGGCAUCGCCGGAAGGGCAAGUCUUUCUGGACGCAGACCACUUCCUGUACGGCCUGGCAUGUUUCUAGAGACUGUCACUAAGGUGUUAGGUGGUAUAUAUUCCGGCAAUGUGUCUGGCAUCACAGCCCAGCACUUAGAAUGGGUUCAUCAGAAGACACUUCAAGUUCUUCAGGAAAUAGCAUUUUAGAGAGCCUCAAGCACGAUGACUUAAUUAACUGGCCUAAUUGGCUCGAGUUUUGGAAGAACCGCUGCUUUCCGGGUCGAAGAGCAAUGAACAAGUCAAGAACAUGGCAUUGGAACUGUAACAUGUCAAAUCAGAAGAAGCGGUUUAAACUCACAACUUGCUGUGGCGCUCAUCUGUUUCCCCCAAGCUUUAUAUGUUCAUAGCCACAGAUGUCAUCGAUUCUUGAAGCGCCCUGUGCCGGUAUAAUCAGAUAGUUACCCUUGACUGGUUUGUCCUUCCAAAUAAAGUUUCUUGCUAGUGCUUUCAAGCCAAGUUUGUUUCCACCAUAUGUCAAUGGUUGCGCUUAAAACACGGAAAUCAUCUUCUUUCUUUUCUCUCAUGUUCAUUCCGCUUGACAUCACAUCACACGAGUUCUGUACUGGUGGUGUUGCUAAGCAGUUUCUACUACGACGAAUUCAUCCAAUUUUUGUUGUA